UCCAAAACUACCAGCCAGAAGUAACAAACUAACAAAAAAAGAUGGCGUGUCACAAAAUCUUCCUUGUAGUGUCUCUGAUGCUCGCUGUCUCUUUGGUCAAUGCAGUUGAGUUCUCAGUCAUCGACAACACUGGCGACUCUACUGGAGGAAGGAGAUUCAGGGAAGAGAUCGGUGGAGUAAGCUAUGGCGAACAAUCACUGAGAUCCGCGACGGACUUCAUAUGGCGUUUGUUCCAACAAAACAACCCUUCAGACAGAAGGGACACUCCAAAGAUCACACUGAUCAUGGAGAACAGUAAAGACGUGGCAUACAGCUCGCAAGACCAGAUACACUACAACGCGGGAUCCCUCGUGGAUGACUCGGGAGAUAUAAGGAGGGGAUUCACCGGGGUGAUUUAUCAUGAGGUUGUCCAUUCUUGGCAGUGGAACGGUGGGGGUCGGGCUCCCGUUGGGCUUAUCGAAGGGAUAGCGGAUUACGUGAGGCUAAAAGCGGGUUACGCUCCAAGUCACUGGGUCGCGCCUGGUGGUGGAGAUAGAUGGGACGAAGGUUAUGCCGUUACCGCGAGGUUCUUGGAUUAUUGUAAUGACUUGAGGAAUGGGUUUGUGGCCGAGCUGAACAAGAAGAUGAGGAGUGACUACAAUGACGGCUUCUUCUUUGAUUUGCUUGGGAAAGACGUAAAUCAGCUCUGGAGAGAGUACAAAGCCAAUUAUGGUCAAUGAAUACAAAAUAUAUAUUGAGGGGGUCAACAAUAUGAUAAAUCUUUAAUAAGAAAUAAAAUAAUUUUUCAUCCUCUUUGGUGAACUGUAAGUUUUCCAUUGAAAAAAAGAUAUACGUAUUGAUUGAUGUAUCUGCUAAAGUUGAAUUAUAACAUAUAUAAGUUCGU